AAGUGGGCGUGGCGUCCCUAAACAGCUGGUGGGGGCUCGUGUGAGGGACUCGAGCCGAGCGGUUGGUUGAUGGGGGAAACAACAACAAGCUAGGCAUCAUGAGGGUCCCCGAAACGCUGAUUUGGACCGCUUUUCUCAUCCAGAAGGUGGUGGGAGAGUACGGCAUGGCCCAUUUCAGUGACAAGGGCAAGAGCAAAGGAAAGGAUUACUGCAUAUUCUUCAACUCACAGUGGGCACGUCUACCUCAGGACCUCAAUAAGGCAUCGCGUCUUCAGAUCUACGACCUGACGACAUCGGUCUUGUGCUUGCCCUCUGAUGUCCCGGAGGGAGGCUUCCCAAAUCGCAUUCCCAUGGUGAUGAGAGGCAACUGCACUUUUUAUGAAAAGGUUCGGCUGGCCCAGCUUAAUGGCGCCAAGGGCCUACUUAUUGUCAGCAAGGACAGACUGACACCUCCAGCAGGAAACAAGACUCAAUAUGAGGAGAUUGACAUUCCUGUAGCGCUGCUCAGCUACUCUGAUAUGCUGGACAUCAGUAAGACCUUUGGUAAAGGAAGACUGGUUGCCAUGUACGCACCCAAUGAGCCGGUGUUGGACUACAACAUGGUGAUCAUCUUUUUGAUGGCAGUAGGAACGGUGGCUAUUGGAGGUUGCUGGGCCGGCAGCAGAGACAGCAAGAAACGCUACAUGAAGCACAAACGGGACGACGGCGCGGAGAAGCUGGAUGAGGAGACGGUAGACAUCACGCCCAUCAUGAUCUAUGUGUUCGUGGUCAUGUGCUGCAGUAUGCUGGUGCUACUCUACUUUUUCUAUGACCAGCUGGCCAUUUGGGUCAUAGCCAUCUUCUGUGUGGCCUCCUCAGUCGGCCUCCACAGCUGUCUGUGGCCUUUUGUCAGGAGACUUCCUUUCUGCAAGUGCAGGGUCCCAGAGAACAACUUGCCAUACUUGCACAAACGGCCGCAGAUCCGCAUGUUGCUGCUGUCAGCCCUCUGCAUCGGUGUCAGCAUCACCUGGAUGGUGUUUCGCAAUGAAGACCAGUGGGCGUGGGUGUUACAGGACGCCCUGGGGAUCGCCUUCUGUCUCUACAUGCUCAAAACAGUCCGACUCCCCACAUUUAAGGCUUGCACCUUGCUGCUGUCUGUUCUUUUUGUCUAUGAUGUUUUCUUUGUAUUUAUUACACCAUUCUUUACAAAGAGUCGGCAAAGUAUAAUGGUGGAGGUAGCGGCUGGUCCCUCUGAUUCCUCCACACAUGAGAAGCUUCCCAUGGUGCUCAAAGUGCCGCGGUUAAACUCCUCUCCCUUGGCUCUUUGUGACCGGCCCUUCUCCCUCCUGGGUUUUGGAGAUAUCUUAGUACCAGGUCUGCUGGUGGCGUACUGUCACAGGUUUGACAUUUUAACACAAUCCUCCAGGAUCUACUUUGUGGCCUGUACAAUCGCUUAUGGCAUCGGCCUGCUGAUCACCUUUGUGGCGCUGGCCUUGAUGCAGAUGGGUCAGCCAGCCUUGCUCUACCUGGUGCCUUGCACUCUGCUCACCAGCCUCACUGUAGCACUUUGGCGAAAGGAGUUGCCCCAGUUCUGGACUGGAAGUGGAUUUGUGCCUGCCAUAGUGCUCACACCGAUCAACUGUACACAAACCGCAGCACCGCAGAUUGAGGGGCCCUUGACUAAACCAGAGUCACAAACCACAGAAGCCCCCAAUCAGAGCGGAGACUCACCACGGCAACCGCUACAGGAAACACCCCCAGCUGAGAAAGAUGAAGGGGAAAACAAAUCUGACUGAAAGGACGUCUACUACAGCAAUUAACAAUUCACUUUUAUUUGUUGAGUAUUUUUUUUUUUUAUUCCUACAUUGUGUCUCGGUCAAUGGACACAAAGUACGGAAGUUAAUUUGCAUUUGGUGCGAAGAUUGGUGUUUUCUGAAUGGCCAGCUCAGCCGGAAACCAGGACACAUGAGGUCGAAGCAUUUAAACUAACACACCAAGUAUAAAACCUGUACAGCUGCCCCAAAAUACAGUCUGUACGACCUCUAAAGGGAAUGAAAAUACAAAUCUGGAAGCUGUAUACAAGUUGUUCAACACUAAAAAACAAAAACACACGGAGCUGAAGCUCUUAAAGGCCCAGUCACACCAGUGUUUAAUUUGCGGCAAAAUCAAUUAAUUUUAAUGGAAUCAGUGCGAUGAGUGAGCCGUUCACAGGGGAGCUGUAUAUGUAUGAUAUUUCUUUCUAAUCUGUAGCAUUUCUUAAAAUCAAAAAUGGCCAGAGAUUUGUAGGUUCCAGGAGGAUUUGAAGCUGUCAUAUGUGAAAACAAACUCAGUAUAUUUUGGGCUGUCAGCUUGGGCUCUAAGAAACUGUAACACUUUAUCAAAUGGCACAAUGUACAAUCCUGAGUACGAAAUGCCAGGAGGGAGUUAACGGCCCAUUACUUGAAUGCAAUCGAAGUCGGAGUAAAAAGCCUGUAAAUCACAGAGAGGACUGAGAUGCAGUGAAGCGCACAAAUGGAGAAAACGCUUCUGGACAAGCUCUCCUUGAAGGCAUCCCAAGCAGGCGUGAAAAUGAAAAAAUUUGUCUAACUAGUCCAGUGUCGCGAAGGUGCAGGAGAAGGCAGGUUUCAGACACUUCAUUUGAAGCAUAUGAAGGAGACCCUUAUUCCCAAAAGCAAAACACUAUAUAAGAAGCAGUCUUUAUUUCCCCCUACAUUAGAUUAUAAACUACCAGUCAGAAUAUAAAGUGCAGCAGUGAAGAGUUUCACACCCUUUAUAAUGUGGCGCCAUCGUGGUUGUUGACUGAGCCAAAACUAUUAGAUUUUUUUUAAUUUGAGCUUUUUUACUGAGGCAUGUUUUCUCAUUUUACUUUUUAGUAUUUUUUUUUGUAUGCUAUUAUUUAGAUUUUACCCUUUACAUAUGAAAAAAUAAAUUAAACCAGUGUAUAGUCUAUGUAGUGCAGACUUGACAUACAUUAUUGGUGGUGCGACAGUUAAAACGUUGGCUGCCACAGAUGUGUUCCCCCAGUAGUUCCUCAUAUUGUCUUAAGAAUUGGUUAUGGCCUUAAAUGUGUCAGUGUUGGGAGGUUACAGCCGAAUGUGUCACGUGUAAAAGUUGCUUUAUGAAAAACAAGAGUACUGUACUCUAAAUGAUGUGCUGCAGUUUAAUGUGUGAGCUGAGGAUUCAGUGACUGGUUACGUUAUCAAUAUUCAUAGAUUAGUUUGUAUGAAGCAUUUGCACAAUAUUUUUGAAUUUGUGGGCUGACAGGAGUCGUUGGUUUCUUUUUGUAUAUGUUUAUGUAUACUCUUAAGAGUUUAAAAGAAACGGCCACUAAGGUGUCCAUAUAUCCAAUAUUCAUUCUGCUUUUGUUUUACAAGUCCAUUUCUGACCCGAGGUUGUCCUCUUAAAACAUCAGUGCCCAGCAGUCACAUCACCCUGUUCAGCAGUAAACAUAAAUUUCUGAUUCUCAUUCAUUUAUGAUGCCUAUUAAGAACAAGUUCAGAGUUUGUGUAGAAAUGGAGUUCAAAAGGUAAAAAAAUAAAUAAAAAUUUGGUUCCAGGACCCGAAAUUAUUCAUUCACCAUUAUAGUUUGUUGUCACCAAGUGGUUUUUAAUACCUCUGUUGGGGAAUACAUGUAAUAAAGAAACCUUGUAUCUGA